CCCAGGCUUGAUUUGACUCCUCAGCAAGACCAGUGCCAGGAAGGUCAGUCAUAGACAGGAGUGGUGGAGCACUUCCCGAAGGAGCUCGGCGGGAUCAGCCAGCCAUGAUGAAGGCUCAGGGGAAUAACCAAUUGGCUGAUAGAGUAACAAACGAAGAGUAACCUGACUCCGUUGACCCACUCAGCUCUGCGUAGGAACAUGGGAAGUAGCAGCAGUUGGCUUUGAAACGGGGGAAUAAGUAUGGAAUAGCUCUUUUCAUGGUUGCCUUCUUUUAUUUCUUUGCAUGUCUAUUUCCAGACCAGUUGAAAACAGCAGGUUGUUCCUGUUUGAAAACACAGAAUCGGAGUUAUCGGAACAGGUGCUCUAAGUGACUGGUCAUAUUUCUGCUCCAUCUUCAGAUUGCUGACUAUAGCCUGACAAAAUGGCGUGCGAUACACCUUACCAGCGGCAGCGGACUGUGUCAACAACUGGAGAAACUCUGUAUGAAAUUCUUGGUCUGCAUAAGGGUGCAUCACAUGAAGAAAUUAAGAAAACCUACAGAAAAUUGGCCCUGAAACACCAUCCAGACAAGAAUCCAGGUGAUCCUGUUGCUGCUGAGAAGUUUAAAGAAAUCAACAACGCCCACACAAUACUGACGGACAUGUCGAAGAAGAACAUAUAUGACAAGUAUGGGUCCCUGGGACUCUAUGUGGCUGAGCAAUUUGGAGAAGAAAAUGUGAAUACCUACUUUAUGCUGUCAAGCUGGUGGGCAAAGGCUCUGUUCAUCAUCUUUGGCCUCCUGACAGGCUGCUAUUUUUGCUGCUGCCUGUGCUGCUGCUGCAAAUGCUGCUGUGGGCACUGCCAGCCAAAAUCAUCGACGCCUUCAGAAGAAACCUUCUACAUGUCCACGGAGGACCUGGAGAUGCAGAUCCAGAUCGAUGCAGAGAAAGAAAUGGAUUUCCCAAUUGUUCUCCAGCCCACAAAUGCAAAUGAGAAGACACAGCUAAUCAAAGAAGGACCUAGAAGUUACUGCACGGACUCUUGAUAAGGAGCUCACUGAGGGUCCAAGGAGCCUCCUCUCGGUCCAGCUAGGUCUCCAGGUGAUCAAGGAGAUGGAGGGGCGAAUGAAAUGCUGUGAACUUUUCCACACUUGUAUUUUAUUUUUAUGUUAGAGAAAGAUGAUUGCUAUAUGACUUUCUCAGUAUGCAGACCU